UCCCCUUCGUGCUGGACAUUGGAAGAUUGGACUGCUUUCCCCGCCGCGCCCUUAACGCUCAUCGCCGUGAGCUCCGCCCCAUCAAGGCUUCCACUUGCAGGCGGGGCAGUUGGCGCAGCGCCCAGGCACGGACAGCACCUGGGGGACCGAGGGACAGGAGAGACUCCCGUAGUGGACUUCUUUACCGGACCUCUGUCCCCUCCUGCGCCUUCUCCACGCUCCCAGGACCCCAGCCCCACCUCUACCCUCGGCUAUUGCCGCUCAGCCCCUGCUGUGCCUGCUAGGCUCCCGGAUCUCCCCUGCUCAUCUCUACUACCCUGUGUGGGCUCUCUGGAUCCUCACCGGGUCCCUGUCCUCCUCCAGACCCCCAGGGCGGACGGAGUCAGGGCCCCUUCGAGUGUCCCCGAGGUCCAGGCUGAAAGCGCCAUGAGGCUGCAGGCGCUCGGUAUCUGGUUACUUGGUCUUCUGCUGGUUAUUCUGCUGCAGCCUGUGCGCGCUCCGAUUUCCAGGGCGCAGGACGAGAGCCUGGGCGUGGACUGGCUGACUCGCUAUGGCUACCUGCCUCCGGCGGACCCUUCCCAAGCCCAGCUGCAAAGCCUUGAGAAGCUGCAGGAUGCGAUCAAAGUCAUGCAGAGAUUUGCUGGGCUGCCUGAGACAGGCAGAAUGGACCCGAUAACAAUAGCCACCAUGCACAAGCCCCGCUGCUCCCUGCCUGAUAUCCUAGGGGCUGCUGGGCUGGUCAGGCGCCGUCGCCGCUAUGCUCUGAGUGGCAGUGUGUGGGAGAAGCGCACCCUGACGUGGAGUAUCCAGUCCUUCUCUCAGAACUCCCAGUUGAGCCAGUCGACCGUGAGGACCCUCAUGAGCUAUGCCCUGGCUGUCUGGGCUGUUGAGUCCGGCCUUACUUUCCAGGAGGUGGAUUCUCAGAAUCAGGAGCCCGACAUCCUUAUCCACUUUUCCCGGGGCUACCACCAGGACAGCUACCCCUUUGAUGGACCCGGUGGUACCCUGGCUCAUGCCUUCUUCCCUGGGGAGCACCCCAUCUCUGGAGACACUCACUUCGAUGAUGAGGAGACCUGGACUUUUGGGUCAAAAGAUGGUGAAGGAACGGACCUAUUUGCAGUAGCAGUUCAUGAGUUUGGCCACGCCCUUGGCCUCGGCCACUCUUCUGCUCCCAACUCCAUUAUGAGGCCCUUCUACCAGGGCCCAGUGGGAGACCCUGACAAAUACCGCUUGUCCCAAGAUGACCGUGACGGAUUGCAGCAGCUCUAUGGGAAAACAUCCCACAGCCCGUAUGACAAGCCCACAAGGAAACCCUUGGCUUCACCUCCACAGCCUCCACCCUUGCCCCCUGACAGCCCCUCCACACCUGUGCCUGACCGCUGUGAGGGCAAUUUUGAUGCUAUUGCCAACAUCCGAGGGGAGACCUUCUUCUUCAAAGGCCCUUGGUUCUGGCGCCUCCAACCCUCAGGACAGCUGGUAUCGCCCCGUCCAGCUAGGCUGCACCGGUUUUGGGAGGGGCUGCCCACUCAUGUGAGGGUCAUCCAGGCUGCCUAUGCCCGGCCCAGAGAUGGCCGAAUCAUCCUUUUCAGCGGUCCCUGGUUCUGGGUGUUCCAGGACAGACAGCUGGAGGGCAAAGCCCGGCCAUUGGUAGAGUUUGGGCUUCCCCCGGGAGAAGAAGUGGAUGCUGUGUUCUCCUGGCCUCUCAAUGGCAAGACGUACCUGAUCCGAGGCUAUCGAUACUGGCGGUAUGACGAGGAGGCUGCCCGCCCAGACCCUGGCUACCCACGUGUCUUAAGUCUCUGGGAGGGGGCGCCCUCCGCCCCAGACGAUGUCACCAUCAGCAAUACAGGUGACACCUACUUUUUCAAGGGCACCCAUUUCUGGCGCUUUGCGAAGGGCAGUGUCAAAUCUGAGUCGGAUUCUCCCCAGCACAUGGGGCCCAAGUGGCUGGACUGCCCCGCCCCCAGCUCUGACCCUCAAGUCCCCAACUCCCCCAAAACCGGAACCUGUGAUUGUCAUUGCGAGCUCAAUCAAGCCUCAAGACAACUGUUGGCGACCCUCCUGCUACCCCUCCUGCCAUUUCUGGCUGGAGCUGUCUUUUCUUGCUGAAACCUGAUCCUUCCUAGGGGAUCAGCUCCCUACACCGAAGGGAGCCCCGUAGUCUCCCGCAAGUGGACCUAAUGUAGUCGUGAGAGGCUGCGGAGCCUCUCUCUGUUCCCACAGGGACUCAGGUGCGCAGAGCCCUGCGAAUUCCUAGCAGAAGCCGGCUGACACUUCAAGGGUCCCCGAGCCUGCUUGUUGUUAGGGCACAGGAGCUGUGGCCACAGUCAGGGCUACCACCAGGGGGCGCUAUGCCACCUCCGUCUCCAUCGUCAAGAAUGGCGCCUUGCCGCGGCCACUGCUGGAGCUAGGAAUCCCCACACACAGUGCUCUACCUUAUCCCGUUGCUCCUCAGAAGGAAGUGAAACCACGCAUGCUUGAGGCUGUGUGCUGCCUUCUGCUGUGCUGACUUGCUUUCUGGGAAUCUGGAUUUCUGAUUCUCUACAACUGGUCCUCCUGGUGACAGUGGGACAGUGACUGUACUCUGACUUGAUGGUUAAAUAGGACCAGGACAUUGAACUCCAGUGCCUCCUGUAGCGGCUGAAUGUGUUCCAGAGCCUUCUUACCAUGUUGUUCUCCAUGUCCCUUUGCUGUCACAGGGUGGGGACAAAGACCAAGCUACCUCACCGAGAGCAUGCUUCUAAUGCCGGUUAACAUCAGUGUUGACAUGGGUCACCCUCAUCCCAGAACACAACCUGGCGUGGUGGGGGGUGUCACCCUGAAUUCAGGAUUGGGCCAUGCUGCUGGGAAGACAUGCAUAGGGCCUUCUCAGAGAGGCUGUCGCUGCUACAGCCUCCUCAUUGCCCCUCUUCUCACAUUUUAGUUUCAGUUGUGCCUGGGAGUACAGGAGCCUGAGGGAGCCAGAGGUGUUGGAUCCUCUUGGAGCUGGAGUGGUUGUGAGCCUUGGGUCACGACUGAAGAACUCAGGUCCUCUACAGGAAUAGCAUGAGCUUUAACCUCUGAGUCAUCAUGGCUCCAGCUCCUGCCCCUGUCCCCAGGUGCCCAAUGACACAGGCAGCUUCCUUCAACCAACCCACUGUCCCCAGAGAUUCAGGACCUGGGUCGUUGGUUCUAGAGAUUAUUCCUCAUCAGAUUCAUUUUGUGGGGAUUUAUCUUUUCAAGAUGGUUUCUCUACGUAGCCCUGGCUGUCCUAGAACUCACCCUGUAGAUCUGCUUGCUUCUGCCUUCUGAGUUCUGGGAUUAAAGGGGUGUGCCAGCACCAUCUCAUGUGAAUUUAAGAAUGCAGAUCAUUCCCUCAGCCUGAAUCCUCCUUCUGGGGAUGGGGUCAGGAAUCUGCAUUUUAAUAAGUAAGGGGCUCGGGUGAGCCCUGAAGGACUGGACCCUGGUCUUCUCAUAGUGCUGCCUUCUCUCCCAGGGACUGUCUCUUUUUGUAUUCUCUACAAGGUCAGGCUGUGGAGUCAUCUAUGUCUCCCUCAGAUUCCUUUCCAAGUAAGAAUGUGCCAGAUUUCAUGGAAAUCUCUCCAUUCUUGUUUUCUUGAGGUAGUGAAUUCAGUCAAGAAGCAUAGACAGUUUGAUUUGUUUAUUAAGACAAAAGAACCAAGCUAGCAAACCAGGUGUUGGUGUUGCACACCUUUAGUCCCAGCACCUGGGGAGGCAGGUGGAUCUCUGUGAACUCAAGGCAAGGCUGAUCUACAAAGCAAGUUCCAGGACAGCCUCCAAAGCAAGCUAGCAAGCAAAGCACUCUGAAGAGAUUGAGUGGGGUACCCUAAGUGGGAAGCAGCCUAAUGGAGUAGACCAGUGAGUGUUUUUUAUAUUAUUAUGAAUAUUUAUGAGGCAGGCGGAAUAUUUAUUGGAUAAUGUGAUUCUUUCCCCAUCUCAAAUAUGGUAAACCAGAUAGUCCUGGUAGGGUAAUUCCAUCGUAAGCUCCCCAAAAGAAAUCGUGUCAGGGGCUGGAGAGAUGGCUCAGAGGUUAAGAGCACUGGCUGCUCUUCCAGAGGUCCUGAGUUCAAUUCCCAGCAACCACAUGGUGGCUCACAACCAUCUGCAAUUCAAUCUGGUGCCCUCUUCUGGCAUGUAGACAGAACACUGUAUAUGUAAUAAAUAAAUAAAUCUUUAAAAAAAAAAAAAGAAAUCGUGUCAGAAGGAUUCAGAGCUUUUGUUAGUGCAGAUAUAUAGGUUGAGUAUCCUAGUGGUUUGGUUUCUGAUACUAUGAGGACAAAGUGACUGCACCUUCAAGGAUGUGCAACCAAGAGGAGCAGUCUGACCAUUAGGAGACAGCUACCAAAAAUGCAACUGUAGCUUUUUUUUUCCUUUGGUUUUUCGAGACAGGGUUUCUCUGUAUUGUUUUGGAGGCUAUCGGCCCGGCCCAGCCUCGAACUCACAGAGAUCCGCCUGCCUCUGCCUCCCGAGUGCUGGGAUUAAAGGCGUGGGCCACCAACGCCCGGCUGUAUGUCCUACUCUUUGUCUGUCUGUCUGGCAGUGACCUGGUACAAGGCAUCUCCCUUUCUUUCUCCCUCCUCUUAUCUCCUCUCUCACAAACCUAGAUUCCUCCCCCUACUUAAUCUGUAGCAUGAUAUAUAAUAGACCCAGAGACUGAUAUUGGGGUUCAAGCUAAAGAUCAGAAAAGCAAGGUAGCCGGUCACCAGCCCUCACCUCUACCUCAGAUGGAAAGGAGAUCCUGGCUCCACCAAACCUCAGACUGUAACCCCAGACUGCCAUGCCCUGCUCAGUGCGGCUGCACAAUCCUGAUACUGACAACGGAAGACCCUGCUCCUAUCUUUUAUAUCUCGCUAGUGCUGGGAUUAAAGGCAUGAGAUCUGUUGCUCUUUUA